CAUCGCCAUUGAAAUGCAAUUUACUAAACUGAUCAUUUAUACAAAUAUGCCUGGAAAAACAAGCAUAUUCGAUUCUUGAGCGCAACAAUAGGAGAAACGUUAUCAGCACUCGUCAGACAGAGCAAACAUUCAACUGGAAAUCAGAUUAACUGAAAUCUUGCUUGGAGUCUAGAUCAUAAGUUAACACCCACUUCAGUGUGAAAUCCGCAUGUAGGCUGUUAGAUGCGUCAUUUUGGGCCAGAAGCUGCGUGGAAAUAAAAUAUUGAUUCCUUAGCGUAUACACUUUGUCGUGGUAACCUUUCGACGCGUCCAACUUGGUGAAAACGUCAACCGUGCUGUGCUGUUGCUUAGAGCAGCUACAUUGUACAGGGUAACCAGCGCUACCAUUGAUGAGCCAUACCUCCAUGAGUCGUUCUCGACACAUCCCACAUACGGACAGGGAAUAUACAAUAGUGAGGAUACCAGUCUUACAGCAGAUGGAGACACCAUUUGACCGAGCACUGGCUAACUGAUAUCGACGCAAAAAUCCAAACAGUUAUAUUCACCGAUGUAUAUUAUUCUCCAUACAUCAACCGCUUAGAAUGCAUCAGUUGGUGCAUGCAGAACGAAUCUACCGGUGUUGUGGAUUGGCGGUAGGCAUUAGGCUGUAACAUGCAGCUGCUAAUAACUCAAUAGAAAUGAUCAUAAACAAACAGUGAGUUCAACACCUUGAUGAGUGUUUGUAUAGUGAAAUUGCAGCAAAUUUCAAAAUCUGGAUUCCAUAUUCUCCAUGGAUUCAUCGCACAGCUCAGCAGCGCCUAGUGGACGGUAUGGCGGUAACGUGAUGAGUGCGAGUCGUAGGCGAAAGCAGACGAGGGAGUCUCACUUGCCUAUCAGCUGUGUUGAUUCCUCCCUGCAGGCCAGGGUAGUCAUGGAACAGAUCUGCCGUGAGAGAAGCCAAAUAUACCAGCAAUCUGUCGUCCAGACGGUUCUAGGACAGCACGAGGGGCACAAAAAGUCCUCUGACGCCAAACCUAAACUGAAAUUGCCAAACAUUGAUGACAAGAAUCACGCACCAUCCAGACAGCUCAAUGCCGGCGGUGAGCGCGAGGAGCUUGCGAAGACGGAAACGCUUCCUCGCAACUCCAACAUUGUCAUCGAGCAUUUCACAACUGCUUAUGCAGAACCUUUACCACACGCAGCUAGAAGACCUGGAGGUAGUAACAGGAUUUUUCAAAACUCUGUGCCUAGUUGCAGUUCGGCAAGUUCUUCUGCGGGGAGGGCAUCGGCGGGAAUGUCGCACCAUCACGCCCAGCGUCGACCCAGAGCGGCUGUUUACAAAAACGGGGCCGUGUUGCGAGCCCAACCCACCACCGAUCGCAGUCCCAACGACGCUUUAACCAGACUGGAGGAGUAUAAAACCAACCCAAGGCGUCGUGAGGUUCGACGGAGAUACACGCCGGAUACCGUGGUGCCGAGACGAGCUCGGUCUCAGUCGAGCGGGCGGGGAAUGACAAACCCACCCGCGCUUCAGACGAGGAAACGCCGUGGGUCAAAUUUGGACGCCGGCCGAAGCCAGUCUGACCAGGACAUACCCAGUGCCGAAGCUCGUCACAAAACACAGCCCAACCUUCAACAUAAGACACGGCAUAUCUCCAAGUCACAGGACAGUUUGCAUCAGCCGAUGGACAGCCAAGACCCCGGACCCUCACAGACAAGUUUAGGUCCUAGCGACUGGCAACUAGCCCGGGAGAAAUCAUUUGAGAUCACAUUCCCUGGGUACGAUACUCGGUUUGUCGACCUCCCAGACCCGAACACACUCAUCGAGCAGGGGGAAUUGAGUGAUAUCGACCGGCGAGUCCAAUCUCAAAUUCACGCUUCAUCCGUUGAAAAAUGUCGACGAUGGUUGAACAAAUGGGUCCUUACGACGUAACAAAAACUAAAAAAAAAACACCUGAAAAGCAGAUAAAUAUAAUAUAAUGCAUCAGAAUGAAAUUGUAUAACGAACUUAUAAAACUGAAACUCCACAACUACGCUUUUGGGGGCUGAAAGAAAAAACAAAUUUUAUUUGGUAAAGAUAAAUAUAGGCCUAAAUGUGUGCAAUUUGAAAAUAAAAAUCAUAUUAAUGUGCAAUUAAUAUUAAAGCUGCGUAAAGUAAAAACAACAUUCAUAGAAAUCGAUCAAGAUAUAUUGUUCGUAAAACAUUUUGUGUCUCUUGUCUAGAUAAAUGUUAAAAAGUAGGAGUAUGUGUUUGAUACUUAAGUACUCAAGGCGCUGGAAAUUAUAUCAAUUAUUAAAGAAAGGUAAAUAAAGUUUAUGAGAAAUAUGAGGCCCAUUAUGUAGCACCUCAUAAUGGUUUACAAGGUGCUGAUAUUUCUUUAAUGUGACUGUAUCGGCCACAUUGAUAUACAAUAUGUUUUUUUAUGCUUUCACUUUCAGAGGUAUUUAUUGAUCCUAACGUGCGAGGGAGAUAUUUUCCGAUAUUAUUGAUUCUGAGGUAACAUAUGAAAUAUCGUGCCCCUCAAUAAAUACGUCGAAGGUGAAAAGUCUUGGUCUUAUAUGUUUUCCCCAGAAUUCCCGUUUCGUGACGGCAACAUGUGAGCACUUGCUACGCUUUAAUUCAUGUGCAUUGUGUUCAUUUAGCUCAUCGCAGAGAAAAAUAAGUGUUGCUGCCUUGGACUUGAAAAAAUAAACAUCAAUAUUUUCAUUUUGUCUGCGAGAGCGAAAUCUAGUUUUGAAAGCAUCAACCAAAUUGAUAGCAAUAUUCAUAAUGUGAA